GGCGUGAAGUAAAGAGCCUGCUAGCUGUAGGAUAUACAAAUAGGAUUUGGAAGGAGAAGAUGUCAGACCCCUCUCUUUCAGCAGAGCUCCCUGAACACGACGUAACUGAAGCUGUGGCUGAACUACCAGAUGCUUUUGAUUUAUCCCUGCGUGAUGAUGCCAGCUCCCUAGGCUCUGAUUCUGAGCUGAAUGGGAUGCCUCCCUAUUGCCAGACAGAUCGUUAUGGCUUUAUUGGGGGCAGUAGCCUCAAAAAUGGCCUGGGUCAAAUCUCUGUUGAGAUUGUUCGACGCCGGGAAACCAAGUGGCUAGACAUGACUGCUCACUGGGAGAAAACCAUGGCCCGGCGCUACAGAAAGGUAAAGCUACAGUGUCGGAAGGGGAUCCCUUCAUCUAUUCGUGCCCGCUGUUGGCCUUUAUUAUGUGGAGGACAGGCCAAAAUGGAGAGGAAUCCUGGAAAGUACCAGGAACUGUAUGAGGGACCUAGUGAUCCUCAGUGGGUGGAGACAAUCACAAAGGACAUACACCGACAGUUUCCUUUCCAUGAGAUGUUCCUGUCACCUGAGGGACCUGGGCAGCAAGGGCUGCUGCAGGUGCUGAAGGCCUACACUGUCUAUCGGCCCCAGGAGGGCUACUGCCAGGCCCAAGGACCACUGGGUGCCCUUCUACUCAUGCACAUGCCACCAGAGCAAGCCUUCUGGUGCCUGGUGCAGAUCUGCGAACAUUACCUGCCUGGUUAUUACAGCCCCCAAAUGGAGGCUCUGCUGCUAGACAGUGAGGUGUUUGUGGCCCUCCUUCGCCGUGUCUGCCCCAAGGCCCUUAAACACUUGCAGAAGCAUGGAGUGGGCCCUUUGCUCUACAUACCAGAAUGGUUUCUCUGCCUCUUCACUCGCACUCUGCCCUUCCCCACUGUACUCAGGGUCUGGGAUGCCUUCCUCAGUGAGGGGGUCAAGGUGCUAUUUCGUGUGGGGCUGCUGUUAAUUCGCUUGGCCCUGGGGUCAUCAGAAAAACUGCGUGGAUGUGCAGGAGUGGUAGAGACCCUGGAGAAGCUGCGCAGCAUCCCAGCUCACCUUUUGCAAGAAGAUGCAUUCAUGGCUGAGGUCCAUGAUGUGCCUGUCUCAGACCGUGAUUUGGAACGUGAAUGUAAAAUCCAGCUGGCAAAGCUAUGUAAAACACGGCCUGAAUGUCAGUACAACCCAGAACGUCGACUCCUUGGUGCAAAAGCCAUCUUUGAUGCCCAGCAGCUGGAGGAGGCAAGGAAGGAUACAGAGGAUCACAGAAGCCAGGCACAUGCUUUCCACAUCCCACAGAUCAAAGUGGACCCACCUCCUUUAUCCCCCAAGGAACAUAAGAAGUUGGAGAAGGCCUCUGAACUGCAGGGCCAGAACAAACAGCAGACUAGGAAGAAGCCAGACACACGUGGGAAGACUUUCCAUGUAACAGGGCAGCCUGCUGGCAGAAAAGCAGAAAGGCUGGACCCAAAGGGAAAGUCUUCCUUCUACCUGGAGACCUGGUUCUGAACAGGGGAACAGCAGCAGAGCAGGGACUCUGAGAAGAAAAGCACUGGGCCUUUUAACAUGUGGAAGAACCUGAUCAUAGGUAGAAUGAACUGCUUGACCUUAGCAUUCAUUUCACAAAAAAGAGAUGGUGAAGUUCAACACUUUUCACUUUGGAAGCCUUCCUUCUCCCUAAUGUGUCAUGUGUGGCAGUGCUCGAACUAUUGGAGGGUGGAGUGUAGAGAAGGAGAAUCCCAUCCUCUGUGUCUUUUAUGACUCCAUGCUAGGGAAAGGUUGGGCAAAGUGCAGCCCAUGGAGCACAUGUAACCCCCUCCCCCAGGUCCUAGUAGUAAAAAUAAAAUGCCCACAAAACACUCUGUAGGGAAUGUGAAGGGCAUUUUCUAGAGCCAGCAAACCUCCAUCCCAGCUCAAGAUGCACAGAACUCAAAACCAUGAGACAUAAUUUUCCAAAAGCACCUCUCUCAAUUGCUGGCAGGAAAACAACCCAACAAUAACAGAGCAAAUAGCCAUUUGCUGUCUUUUCCCAGCAUCCAAAAUCUGCUGUGUGAGUCUGCUACCUCACUCUGCUUAGUAGUAGGACGAGUUCUACAGUUCUAGUUUUUUUACCUACUGCUUUAGGCUGCAUAUGAUUUGAAUACAAUUGGUGAUGGUCAAGGGGUGGAAUAUGUGGAUUUUAUUAUCAGACGGUCCAUAUUUCACAGUGUAAUUCAGUCACUGACAUGUGAGAAUUCUCUGUAAUGGGGAAAAUGCACUCUAGGCUUCUUCCAGGCUAUCUUCAUCUAUACUUAACAACCUUGCGGCUGAGUCUAUCCAAAUGAAACCCACUGUCAAAUGUUUAUUUGAGUUCUGACCAGGUGAUACAGAAAUGCAUACAAUUUUAUUUCACUUAUUUAUAGGUGGACAUGAGGAAUAAGCAAACUCCAAAAUCUGUAUUGAGUGGUAAGAGAGCUGAGGCACCCAAU